AUGAGAUCGACGCCUGCGAUGUGCUUCCUCAUCGCAUUCAGCUCUGCGGUGCGCGGGCCGAGCGAUGCUGGGCGGCGCAUCGCCGCGGCCGGCCGUCUCCGGAGCGCAUCCGCCGCCGCCGCGAGCCACGUCGCCGACGCGCGAUUCGCCGCUCUGCUGGCCCUCGACUCGGCGGGGAUGGUGGCGCGAAUCGAGACGGUGCCGGGUUUCUUUGAGCCGGCCCUCUUGCCCGUGCUCGCGGCGCUCGAUGCCCGCCAGCGCGAUCUGGACGUCCGCGGCGCCGUCGGUGAGAUCGGCGUCUACCACGGCCGAAGCUUCGUCCCACUGGCGCUGCUGCGGCGAGAGGGAGAGGCAGCGGUGGCUGUCGACUGCUUUGAGGAGCAGCAGCACAACCGCGACGAGUCGGGCUGCGGCAACGAGGCGGCCUUUAACGCGACGCUAGAGCGGUUUUGCUGCGCGCAUGACGUCGUGUCUGUCGCGUGCGACUCGACGCAGCUCGCGCCCGCCGACCUCCUCGCCGCUGCACGAGGGCCGAUCCGGCUGCUGAGCGUCGACGGCUCGCACACAGAGGAGGCGGUGCUGGCUGACCUGUCGCUCGCUGCGGCGGCGCUGGCGGGCGGCGGCGUCGUGAUCCUCGACGACGCGGUCAACGCAGACUGGCCCGGCGUGGUGUCGGGGCUGGCGAGGCAUGUCUUUGAGGCGGGGGAGGGCGAGGACCAGCGGCUGCUGCCGUUCGCUCUCGGCUACAACAAGGCGUUCCUCUGCACUGCGCGGUGGCAGGCUGUGUACGGCGAGGCCCUGGCGCCGCUCGGGCGCAAGCGGGCGCGGUUUCUAGGCCACGACUGCGCCGUGCUGCCCCUGGGCUGGAUCGCCGCCCACUUUGCGAAUGACUAA